AAUCUCUCAUAUUCAGUCGGAAAAAAGCUGUAAACACUGCUCGGCCCAUCAUCUCUGGGCACGGUUUGGGAAGAAAGAAUUUUGAUGUGAGCACUUAGGACAAAGGCAGUAGUGGGAGAGAGAGAGAGAGGGACAACAGAGAAGCGACUAGAGUAGUUUACAUUAUCGUAGAGUUGAGGUUGAACGCGGUACUUUCAUGGACGCGUUUCAGCGGAGAAGCAAGCUCUGUAUGACUGACGGGACUAAAUAGAGAUGUCUUCGUCGACAUCUGCGUCAGAAGCCAAAGAGUUUGCUGCGGGUGCUACUGAGUGCCCUCGAUGGUAUGGCUUGCCAUGGGAGUCUAAUUCUGAUGGAUCAAUGAGUCCGGUCCCUUUGGCAUGUCGGCCAUCAAGUAACGUUACCCCUGGCGAGGUAGUACUGAGGACACUGCUAGCUGAGUUUACCAGCCGAGCUGCAAAGAAAUUGGAAGUGGUCAAUUCUCAGCCUUUGGAUCGCCCGCUUGCGCGAUAUUUGCAGACCGGCGAAGAUGUCCAGUUUGACCAGACUCUACUUUCCCUCAGUGCUAUAUCUGAGCACUGUCUGCCAUCCGUGCUACGGACUGUACUGGACUGGUAUGCCAAGCAGAUGAAAUCAAGUGGCAAGCGGGAAAGAGGCUCUGUGGGCAAAGCUGGUGGUUCUCAGAUGCGCGAUCAUCAGCGCGACAGAAGAGAUCUCUGCGUUGACUUCAUCUUUUGCCGAGUCCUCAUUGAAGUUCUGACCAAGCUGUCUGUUCACCCCACACCGGACGUCCUCAUCCAAUUCAUCAUUGAAACGGCCUUUGAGAAGUUCAAGGAGCGGAACUUCUUCUGCAAUGGCCCCAAUGCAGCCAACGGUGACAGAAUCGCCGACCUGUAUGCCGAGGUCAUCGGUGUCCUGUCCUAUUCCAGAUUCACCUUUGUGCGUAACAAACUGAAGGACGAGCUUGCCAUGAAUCCCGGCAAUGAGACGACAAUCAAUCUGAUCCGCGGCUUGAGCUUCGCCAAGGUCAAGAUGUAUCCCGUCGAGGCGCUUGAGGAGUGGUUUCGCUUCCUGAAAGAGCUGGGCAAUAUCUACCUGACGAUUCGCGAAAAGGAUGUUCGCAGUGCCUUUGCGGCCAUGUUUGUCGAGAUUCUUGGCCCUGUCGCAGCGGCUGUCAAAUUGGAGGUGAAUUUGCCGGUGUGCAAGUCUUUUGUUGACCUGAUGUACACACAGACCUGCGAGAUGGCCAAGAAAGGAGGUGGCCGCCAAGCCAUGGCGGCCUUCCCGCUUGUCACAAUCCUACUCAGUAUCAGCCAACGGUCGUUCUUUCUGGCAAACUGGCACUACUUCUUGACAAUGUGCUUGACUAACUUGAAGCAUCGAGACCCGCGAAUGCAACGAGUAUCACUGGAUUCUAUUUAUCGGCUUUUGUGGGUCUAUAUGAUUCGUGUGAAGUGUGAGAGUAACACAGCAACUCAGAGUCGGCUACGGACAAUUGUCGACUGCUUAUUUCCCCGCAAUUCCCGGUCCGUUGUACCGCGCGAGACAUCACUGACUAUUUUCGUGAAGAUUGUACAUUUCAUCGCACAGGAGAAGCUUGAUUUCGCCAUGCAAGAGAUUAUCUUUGAAUUGCUAAGCAUCAACCAACGCCCAAACAAAGCGCAACAUCCCGAGAGAACAAACAUUGGUCUUCGUGCCUUCCUGGUUAUCAUUGAUAGCCUUGAGAAACAGGAGGGUGCACCGCCGAUGCCUCCAACAGUCGGAACUAUGCCAUCCGGCAACACUCUCCGCACGAAGAAGCACUUUCUCAACACAGUACUGACCGACCAGGUGGCCAAGAAAAUUGGCAUCUUCAACUACUAUCAGAGUUUCCGCCGUGCAUUGGACCGGGAGCUGCAGUCUUUGGACUUGCAGGUUGGCCGACAGCUGGUCAUGACCAACUCUCACUUUGCUAAUAAAGAUCAAGAGGAGAUUCUGACCGGUGAUCGGAAGCCUAAGAUUGAGCUCUACCGUACCUGUAUUGCGGCCAUUCCAAGGUGCAUUCCGGAGGGUGUUAGCAAGCAAGACCUCGUCGACCAUCUGUCUCGGCUAACCAUCCAUUUGGACAGUGAACUGAGAGGGCUGGCAUUCACAUCUCUUCAGACGAUGGUUAUGGAACUGCCAGAUUGGCGGGAGGAAGUUGUCCGAGGGUUUGUCAGCUUCAUGAGCAAAGACGUUCCGGACGCGCAUCCGCUGAUUCUGGAAAGUGAGCUCCGAUGCCUUGUGCAGUUUCUCACGCACUGGAAAACAGCUGCAUCCCAGGAGAAGGCGCCGAAGCCGAGCGCCGACUCGGAGACUCCUUCGAGUGACAUAGGCCCGGAGACUCUGCUUCCGAGCAGCUCCACGGCAGAGGUCCUUCACUACAUCGAGGGCUUCUCACUGGCUGUGAUGUGCAGCACCAGACCAACGACACGCAAGCUGGCCAUGAUCAUACUGAAGGAAGUGCGUACCCUACACCAGCUGCUUGGGCUCAACCAGAACUCUGCCGAGGAGACGGUCAUGACCGUCAUUGAGAAGAUCGCCAGCAGCGUUGUGCACAAGUGCCUGUCGCUGUUGCCGGAGAAAACACGGAAUAACAUUGUCCCGCUGUCAUCCAUUGAUCUGGUUUGGCUGGCUGAGCAACCGUCAAACAUUCUCGGCUUGACCGCGCACUCGUCCUACCCCACUAUAACCGGAUCGAGUGCCGGACCGACCUCAUCGGAUGGCAGUAAGGCAAGCACAAUGGGUGGCGUAGCGCCAAGCACAAGUGGGUUUAGCCUGGAUGCAAACAAUGUUGUAUCGUACGGUGAUAGCCACGUUGACCUGUGGUCAGCAUGCUUGGCUGGACUGCUGGAGCGUGAAAACCUGCCGCAGCAGUGCCCGUCGGCAGUGCAGUACAGCCGCCCGUCGGUGUUCCAACGCCUGAUGGCAGCGUACUCCAACAUCGAUCCUGGCUUCAGCGUGUCCGAUCCGUCCAAAGGCUCUAUGCGCAGCAUGAAGAAGCCGCCGAAUCCCACUGACCUAUGCCUAUGGCAUAACUACCUGGUGUUUGCCUGCCGUGUUAUACCGCCCACUGGCCAUGAUUCCCUGGAACUUCUGUCCAGCACGACUGUAGCUGACAUAUCUCCUACCGACAAGGUUGAUGCCAAGGGCGGAAAACAGAAGUUCACACCAGCCGCUCUCUUCCAUUGGCUAGUCCCGUUGGUGCGUAGUGAAGUGCCGGAAAUCCGCGAGGCCGUAGUCACAGCGCUGGGUUAUUGCAACCCACUUGUCUUCGGUGAUAUGGUCACUGAGCUGCAACUGUUGGUUGAAACCCUCGACCGAGGCAAAAGAAAGAACAGACACAAGCAGAAUCCUCUUCGGCUGAAUAUCAGUCGCAUCUAUUCGUUCGUGGCGGCAAACGGAGCCUUCCGGAACUCGCCUUCUGGCACAUUGGAUGCAUCUGGUAAUCUGCUACGUUGUCAUCUGGACUACAUCGAGGCAAUGAGAUUGUUCCUGUUGCAGGAAAACGAAAAAGUGGGAGCGCCGUACGACCAAAUGCGUCUUUGCUUCUGCACCUUCAUCUCUGAGCUUGUCAACAGUAUUGAGCAAGGUGUACUAUCGAGUGAGAUGCGAGGCGACUUGUUUUUCUUGUUCGGUAGUUGGUGUGGACAGCUGUCUAUCACAACAUCUGAGCUAGCUACUGCCACAAGGAUAAUCAAACAGCCAGACCUCCAUGCUGCUGCUCUGAAGGCUAUUUGCUCACUGCUGAUUUGUGGCCCGAUCUUCAACUCGUCGGCAUUGGAACCACACGGCUACCUGCUUCGUUGGAUAUCGAAGGGACUGGAGCGGCCCGAGGAGAAGACGCAAAAUCUGAUCCGCAGUGCCCUGGAGAUAUUGAUGUUGCGCAACACCGAUUUGCCUGUCCUGCUCGAAUGGAUCAUUGAGAAGUGCUACAUUGGAUCUCGGCUGGUUGUGGAUGGCUGUUUCCAUGCUCUGGCACGCUCUUUUGCUCAGAAUCCCAACUACCCUUGUGACAUGGUGGCCAUUCUCAACGUCGCGCUCUUCAUGACUUCCGAUACUAGUUAUCGUGUUCGCGAGCGAGCUGCUCAGCUACUGCAAAUACUCGACAGGCGCUAUUUCUCAUCAGAUAGUGAUGCCAGUAGCUGUAUCAUGACUAGCCUGGCCGGUGCCCACUCACUCUGGCAGUGUACUCUCUCCGAGCGGCUGGCUCGCUCUCACCCGGAGCUGACGCUACCCAUGCUUUCAGAACUGUUCAUGCGUUUUGAGAGUGCCAAGCUGCGUGGCCAGCGCUGUAUUCUACAGUACAUGGUACCAUGGUUACGCAACAUUGAGCUGGAGAUGUCCACACAGUGGCCGAUGGCGUCGCAUGGCUUCCCGCGCCAGUCCGCCGUGGUGGUGUGCGAGGACAGCUGGCGUACAAACGUGCCACUGCCCUCUGGCUCGGCCAGUGUAGAGGCCACCGAGAUGGUGCUCAACAACCUCUUUUACAUCACUGUCAAGUAUGAAGACGUGCACUCCAAGGAGAUUGAGGACUGCUGGGCCAAUCUGUGCAAGUAUCAUUACAAUAUUCCCACAGCGCUGGCCUACGUUGUUAUGCUCGCUGGUUACAGCGGCAGCCCUGAGCUACUGCACUACGCAAAGAAAGUGGUUGUCUAUAUUGGUCGCACUGCACCCAACGUUAUCAUCGGCGAGCUCAUGAAAGAACUCGAGUCGAUGGACCCACUGACUGCUACAAUCGAUCAAAUCGCCGUACCGCCGUACUACAUUGUUCAACCACGCUUGCCCACUGUCAGCCGCAAUAGCAGUUGCUGCCAACGUCCCAGCACUACCGAAGAUACAAGGACACUGGUAGCCUCACCAGACAACUUGCAUGUGAAUCGACGUGAGUUCAGCCGCGACAAGCAUACCGAUGCAGCAGCCCGGGCGGCAAAGCGCUACUCCGCCCCGCCGAUGGUCUUGGAUGCGGAGAACGCUACCGAUGCAGGCGUGCACUUCUCUUCCAGUUUGCCAGCGGGUGGUGUGUUGGAUGAGGAUGAGGUGACGAAUGCGACCUGUCACAUGGCACCCAGCAGUGUGGACCCGUGUCGCGUGGCAGUCUCUUCAUCCCUGGUCACUAUCAAAGCACAGCAGAGCGCUGACGUAUUGGAAGAGGACGUGGAGGACACGCCCGUGAGAAGUGUGCAACCUGAUGUAGUUCUCACCAACUCUAUCAAAACACCCAAACGCGAAACUGGUCUGAGCCCCGGUCCUGCCACAGCUACGAACAGUGCCAGUUCAUUCAGGACACCCGUAGGUAGUCCAAACAAAGUACUGUGCGGCCCACUACCGAUGCCCACCGGGGGCGGUUACUAUGCGCCACUGACUGACUUUCUGCUGCCCAACACGCACACUGCACUCGUGUAUCGGUGCAACUUUGCUCUCAUGUUGCUAACGGAGCUUGUCGUGGAUCGCUGUGCCAUCAAGUGGAACAUUUUCCUUCCUAAGCUGCUACACAUGGCUUUCCUAGGCUUGGAUCAUGUCAAACCCCUGGUGUAUGAACAUUGCAAGCGCCUACUGACCAACCUGGUGAUGGUGCUGACCAGCGAUGACAACCAGUGCUCGGCUGGCCACUACAUGGUGUCCUCGGGUCUGCGCAGUCCCUCCGAGGACAGCCUGAGUAGCUUGGCCGGCCUGCAGAGCAUUCUCAGUAUCGACACGCAGCUCGGCCUUCGGUCGGACGACGAAGACUCGGCGGGCAGCGGCGGUUCACACAACAGCACGGUACGUACGCACGGCCGACCGACAUCCAGCGCCAGCACCAAUGCACACACCAAGGCCAAGAGUCUUGUGGAGUACAUUGCUCUGAGGGAGAGGCGGCGUCCGUUAUGGUCGUAUGAGGAGAUCACUUCCCGCGUGGUGUCCAUCAAGAGUGCAGAGCAUCUGAAGGCACUGCUGUCGCGUGUCAUGACGGUCCUCUCCGAGCUACCCGGCCCUGCCUUGUCCGAACGCUGGGCGAAGGAAUCGUUGCGCUGGGCCACUUGCUGCUCGUCUCGUCAUUAUGCCGGUCGCUCAUUCCAGUUAUGCCGAGCGUUACAUCUGCCAAUGUCCUGGAGCUCGCUGGUGCGCAUUCUGCUGCGGCUUUGCGAUUCUGCAGCGGAUGCCAGUGCCGACGUACAGGGAUAUGCUAUGGAAAUCUACCUGACCAUUGAAGCCAUGGUGGAUAACGACAUCAAGGACCUGUUGAGUGACGAUGAUGAGCUGUCGUCGCUUCGCUCGGCCUACCGUCACACCGACUGCUUCGGUCCGCAGACUCACGGCGAAGCAUCCAACGCAGCUGCUGCUGCGAAUGGAUUAGAGACUGUGUUGCCGCCUUCGCUCAACCUGACUGUCGAUCCUGACACGGAUGGAGCAAACGGUGGUCAAGAUGGUAUUCCGGAGCGUCGUCGUCAUGGCUCGGAUGCAGUGCUGUACCAACGUGAGGGCGCGGUCAAAUCAGGCUUCCUGUCACCUGGUGUUGGCCGAGGGUCUUCAGGCUCUCCGCUACAUUUCAACUUGGCCUCAGUCAAUGCUUUUUCAGACAGCAAGAUCAACCACUCGUAUCGUGAGCGCAGUCCUAGCUUGACUCGUGCAACGACGAGUAGUGACCGGCUUCAGCUGCAGUGCCGCGUCUUCUGGAUCUCCGUGGCUCUUCUCGAGUCCGACUACGAACACGAAUUCUUGUUUGGGCUGAAGCUGCUAGGCAAGGUGAUGGAUGUUGUCUCGCUGGGCGAUGAAACUAUUCACGAGCAGCUUAUCUCAACUCUGCUGGAUUCCAACUGGCCAUCUUUCCCCGGCAUUCAGGCAUUUGUUCUCAAGGGUCUGACGUCUUCCAACACGUUUGAGCUAUCCGUGCAGAUGUUGAGUCGCCUCACGGAGCACACACGGUGCUCGGUUGUCGACAUGACGCAGACGAAUGGUCUGGCUGUGAAUAUCAUCAGUCUGUUGCCAUACCUGUGUGUUCAUUUCGAUAGCCCAGAUGACAUAUGUUAUACGGCAGUAACCAAGAUUGUGCAUGAAUGCGAGGCAGAUAGCCAGCUGCGUAACUUGGGUAUGUUGUUUGAGCUGUACCUGACCGGCCGCUACACCAAGCAGGUGUCUUCCUGGAUACGCAGCAUCUGCGUGCGCCUGCGAGAGGCAUGCCACUCGUUUGUUCUAGCGUGCCUGCCGCUGCUCACCGGGCUGCUGGUUCACUGUGACGAGUUGUAUACCGUUCACAUUGUGUCAAUCAUCGGCCAGCUCAUCCAAUUGCACUCCAUGGAUAUGCAGUCACCUGACAGUAGCCUGAGCUUGGAGAGUCGGGUUGCGCUCAACCAACAGAUUCUACGCAUUGUGUCCAGCUUUGUACAGGGCAACGUUGGCUUGAAGUGUUCUAAUGAGCUGCGUGAAAUCCUUCAGAUAGCAGUGGAGACAUCGGCUACAAUAGCGCAGCCAGCUUCCUCUAACAUGAGCUUUUUCUGCCGCCCAUCGGAGCUACCAGGCCCAACACUCGACGUUCAGGUUGACCUGACGAAAGCUGGCCGUGUUCGUAGUCCCUCCGGUGCUAGUUGGUCUGCUGAGCGGGAAGCAUCACAAGAACUACUCUCUGCCCUCGCCGCCGUGUCUUCAACCGGAGGUGAUGCGAAAUCCACGGAUGGAGAUGUGGCUGCUGAAGCAGUACUGAACGUUCUGCGUCAGGAGCCAAGCAGCUGCUGGAAGAAACCUCACCUUUGUCAGUCGCGAGUACGGGAUCGCUUGGCGUGCGUUCUGAGAACUUGUAUGUCUAAGACAGCAGUAACUGCUAGCCCUUCGGUUGUGUUUGGCAGUGAUCUGACACCGGACGAUGUGCAAGGUGAUAUCUCGUCCAGCGAAGAUGUGAUGGCGUCAGAUUCGCACUCGUUGCUCGAACACAUUGAGUCCCUUGAUCAUAAUGACCAGCAAUUGUACGGAGUACUGCGGGAGUUUGACUUCCUUGAUGAUUUGGAAGGUGGAGAGGAUUCGGACAAUGUCAGUGUUGUUAGCAAGCCGUGGGGUAGCCUUCGGCGCCACCUGUCCCUGGAGGACAUCAGUGAUUCUCCGUUUGGCAGGAGCCACACAUCAACAAGAACACCCAGCCUGUUCUCAUCGAGCAUGUCUAGCCUGGCCGAGUUUGAGCAAGCUUCGCCAACUAUGAGCAGUGAAAACGUGCGCAUUCCGCAGUCCGACUUACCAACCGACCGUCCUGCUCUGAGCCGAGCGGAGAGCAGUGAUGCCGUGCCGCAGCUGUCACUGCGCCAUGUGUCGACGACGGACAAGGUGAACCGUGCCUCGUCCGACCAUGAGGUGACCCUGGGCAAGAGCAAGCUGGCAUUGCACUCCGUGUCGCGGGGCAUGAUCGAUUUAGGCAACGGCUCGCGUGUUCCUCGCGAUGAUCGCCGGCCAAUGUCCGAACCCUCAUCUCAAGUCUCAUCGCCUGCGCACGCCGAUAGAACAGAUAGCUCUGCGAUGAUGGCAUCGCCAGAGGCUACCGCCUCCUCUACCCCUCGCCAUAACAAUCUUGCCAGCAGUCUGGACGAAUCGCUAGGUGAUUCAACCACCGCCGAGACUGGUGAACGAUGUGCCCAAUCACCAACCACCUGUGGAGAGCACGGCGUUCCGAACUCUUCGUCAGCUCACGACCAAACAAGCACCGGUAUAUCUGGCAUCACUGCACUGGCCGACUCUGAUUUCUGCAGCGGUGCACCAUCUCGAGAUCACCAUUCGUCUGAAGACCGACGCUCUUCGAUGGAUCAGUUCACGUCUUCUCACGACUCGUCGGCAGCUUCCUCUACGCAUCCGUCACCGGACAGGAGCGCCGCGAUCUCCGUUCCUGAAGCGGUGCCGGCGGUAUCGUCGACAUCUGCGUCGUAUAGCCGUCUGAAGAGUGAAGCGUACUCGCCAGCGAACGUCCCAUUGCCGCCGUCACCGGCCAAGUCUGUUGAUGCAUUGUCGUACACGUCACCCUGUCAUUCCCCAUUCUCGCCAACCAGCGUGUCACUACCGCCAAGUCGUGGCAGUGUUGCUAGCCCAUUGCACAGCACUGCCGAAGCUGCUGCUGCUGCUGCUGUUGACGAUGCCAGUGUGGAUCGAUCAGCUACGGCGUCGUCGCCCAGUUCCAUAUCUGAAGCUGUUUUCGCUGCGCGCGCCACAGCGGCUACACCUUCUAGAGCUGGCUCUGUGGGUGCUGCGCUGUCUCGCAGUAGACGUGUUACAGGCAAGGGCGGCAGUGUCCGAGGAUUAGCGCGUAGAGACAGAGGCAGCGGCGCCUGCUCGCCAUCUCUCUACUCGGCCAGCUCUGGCCUUACCCCGAGCGUCUCCUCUCCGGCCAUCGUCAGCUUGAGCAGUAGCAGUGUCCUGUGUAAGCAUCGCGAUUCCACCGGCAGCAAGUCCUCCAUCAACUCGCCGGAGAUCUCCGAGGUAUCGGCCGAUAACCAACAGGACGAGUCAUCUCCUACCAAAACCAGUUCGGAGAGCUCCCCGCACCCGAUGGCCAUAGAUUCCGUUCAUACAGUUACGUCACUAGACGAAGAAGAUGGCCAGGACGUUGUUGGCGAUGCUGACGCGCCAAUGAUGAUUCCAGCUGCUGCUGCUGGUGGUGAUGUUGAUCACGGUGCAGACGCGGACAUUGACAGUUAUGACGAAUGCGGUGAGGACAAUGGACGACGGCGGCAGCAGCUCAGCAGUAGCAUGCGAGUACAAUCGGCGAGCAGUCUCGAUGCCGAGAUGCCACCGCCGCCGGUCAAGAGCUUCGGUGAGAGUAGCUUCACGCUGGCCACGAAUCACCCGACCAGCGGCCGAGAUCUCGUAUCGCCUCUCUGCUCCGAGUUCAUCUGUAUACCUGCCGAUGAGGUGGACGAAGUGUGGCGUGCGCACGUGUCGACGGUGAUUUCGGACACCACCGCCGCCGCAGCUGUGAACAGCGUGUUCAUCUUCACUCGACUGCUCAAGGCAUACCGGCGACGGCUGGGCAAGCUGACACGUGAUGCAUGUCAAGUCGUCGCUGACCCAUCAUCUGAGAUUACCUCUGUGUUCCUGCGCUUUGUGGACGUGAUGCAGAGUGAGGUCAUGUGCCCUUUCAUCUACGUAGACACGGACUUGUUACUUAGCUCGUCAGUGUUUGACCAUUUCAAGUUCUGCGUAGUCGAGAUCAACGAGAACAUCAGUGCCUACACACAACGACGUGAUUCCGUGUUGGAGCGAUUGGACAGCAUUCGAGUGAAGUUACGUCGUCCAGUGUCCGGCAUGUCUAGUGACAGUAUGGACUCGACCAUGGCAGAGAUGACCAGAAAGGACUUUCUGCUGCAGCAAGACAUCUACAAGUUGCACUUCCAGAUGCUCCUGUUGCUGAGCAGCUAUCGGAAGAUGCUCGACGUGCUCAACAAAGCACGGGAUGCGGCUGAUGUGACAGACCUGUCAUUCGAGUUCACCAAACAGGUGACGUCAGUUCUGGCGGUGCUGAAGAAUUGCGAAUGGAAGCUGCCGGAAGGUCACAGCUUCUUCCAGCAGAACCCCGAUCCGUACUCUCUGUGCCGGCGCGAUGCCAUCGGGUCCGUCAUGGACGCUCUAUCGCACGAUGACGCCGUGACGGCGUUGAAUCUUAUUCGUCUCUAUCGGAACAAGUGGCCACACGAUGCGUUUGGUGCAUCGGAUGAAGAUGAUUGUGACGUGUUGGUCACGUUUGUAGCCAAGAUGCUUACUCAGAAUAGCACCAAUAAUAUCAUGAUCUACCAGGGCGGAGCGCGACUGGACAGGGCCUACACAAGCCUUAUGACUAUCAACAUGGACACCAUUAAACUCAUCAAACAGGCGGAAGCAGCAGCGGCACUCUGAGUCCGUGCCGAAUCACACCUCCGCUUCACAUUCGGACACGAGUUGUCACAUGCCAAUCACCUUGUACAUUCUGUAGAGACAAAGACGAAGGACCUAUAUCGGUGCUGUCUAAAUACCACCCCUCAUACCCCCUCCCCCUUCCCUCAGAUCAUCCGUUCGUGUUUGUGAUGUUGUAAUGAAGUCAGUUUGUUUAUGUCCAAGGUGUUAUUUUCAGUGUUUUUUGUUUGGCGGGCCUUUUCUUCCUGGUUUCAUAGUUCUCAAUUGAUUAUAUUCUGUAUUUUGCCCGGCCUUACUCGAUUCUAGUUUUAUCUUCUAGAUUAUUCAUCGUGCUUGAAAUUGCGCGUGGCACGGCUGUUGUCGCUGCCCAAGACAUGCCACUGCUGCCGCCGCUGCUGCUACUACUGCUGUUACGCUGCUUGCAGCAUCACGUUGAUGCCGCUGAAUCUUGCUUUCAGCUGGACCUCUUGCAUAUCUAUAAAUAUUUUUUAUCAGUUGAUUUGAUAGAACAGUGACGAUUACGUGAUCGUCGUUGUCGUCGACGCCUUCAUUUCAAGAUGUGACACGGAGGAUGAUGGUGCGUUUACGAUGCCGUGGCCCUCUGCACGAGGACAUCUCCACAAUCACUACCAGUGGGUUUUGGCAUGCUCAUCGCCUGCCAGAGUCCUGCAGUGUUCUUGUUCUUUAUCCGCUGGGCUGGCUGGCUGGUAAUGUAGCACCGGUGUCUUGUAGAGUGCGUGUGUCUCUGUGUCCGUGUCCGUGUGUGUGUGUGUGUAUACGCGUCUGUGCAUGUCUGUGUAUGCGUCUGUGUCCCUAUUCUAGUUUUAUUCGCUGUAAAAUAUCUACCCUCAAACCUUCUUAAUCUAGCCUCCCAUAUCCAUGAAUCUGUAUUUUUAGGCUGCCUGAUCAUUAUUUUAGCCAUUUUUCCUGUGCUUUGCUUGUAUAACAGACCAUGUUAACACCAAUCUCAUCUUUUCGCCAGCUUUUUAUUCGGCAACCACGUUUAUUAUAAUGAUGAUGAUCCCGAUGAUGACGACGAUGUUGAUGAUGAUUCCUCCGUCCAACCCGGAUCAUGAUGGUGCGCUCUCUUCCAAUUCUUCUUAACUUGCCCGAACAUGUGUAAUGAACGAAAUUUUCUUGCUGGAAAAAGGAAAUGCCUAGAAUUGUUUGCACUUAUGAUUGUUCAAUUUUCAUCCGUACUGCGCGUUGUGCUUGUUUCAUUCCUGCACACAAUGACUACGUUGGUACUUCUA